AUGAUACAACCAUUCUCGUGUUCGUUUGUCAAAGCUCUCGAUGGGGCCACGUACCAUGCCAAACAGGACACAUCGGCCGGCGGCGUGGCCCGGAACAUCGCCGAAGGGAUUUACAAAAUUUAUGGUAACGUUAAUCUGAUUUCGGCGGUUGGCAACGAUCAAGUGAGUAGUGGCGUAUCCAGGCUUCUGCCAGAACAUUGCGCAUCAUCGAUUGUCACGCUUGGCAACUGCCCAACGGCCAGCUUUACGGUGUUGCUCGAUCGGACGGGCGAUUGUCGGGUGGUUGUGGGUGAUAUGGAGGCCCACCAAGCCAUAACACCGGACUGGAUCAAAUCACAUACCAAUUUGAUACAGCAAUCGCCGAUGACUGUUAUUGAUGCAAAUAUUAGUGAAGCAGCUAUGAUAACCGUGUUUGAAGAAUGUAUUCGUUACAACAGACCAGCGACGCGGAUAGAUCUACGGACGGACGGAUAUACCGAUAGCUACGCUUACAAGCAUACGUACUUCUACCUGUACGGGGUUGUGUUUAAUUUAACGUAUAAUUACGAGUUACAGCUAUAUUAG